AUGGUGAAAUUGGAGAACAUGAAGAACCUCUCCUUGUCCGACUCAGUCAUUAAUUUGGAUCAUGGAGAUCCAACGGCGUAUGAAGAAUACUGGCGCAAGAUAGGUGACAGAUGUACGGUGACGAUACGUGGUUGUGAUCUGAUGAGUUACUUCAGCGACGUGAACAACAUGUGUUGGUUCCUUGAGCCAGAGCUUGCUGAAGCCAUCAAGGAGUUGCAUGCUGCGGUUGGUAACGCAGCGACGGAGGAUAGAUACAUCGUGGUUGGGACCGGUUCGACGCAGCUUUGUCAAGCGGCCGUCCAUGCACUAUCUUCACUCGCUGGGACCCAACCUGUCAGUGUCGUUGCCGCCGCACCAUAUUACUCAACGUAUGUGGAGGAGACAACGUAUGUUCGGUCAGGUAUGUACAAGUGGGAAGGAGACGCAUGGAGUUUCGACAAGAAAGGUCCUUACAUCGAGCUGGUGACGUCACCCAAUAACCCAGACGGCACCAUCAGAGAGACGGUGGUGAACCGUCCAGACGGCGACGAAGGCAAAGUGAUCCAUGACUUUGCCUAUUACUGGCCCCACUACACUCCCAUCACUCGCUGUCAAGACCAUGACAUCAUGCUAUUCACUUUCUCCAAGAUCACAGGCCACGCUGGGUCCCGCAUCGGGUGGGCAUUGGUGAAGGACAAGGAUGUGGCAAAGAAGAUGGUUGAGUACAUAAUAGUGAAUUCCAUUGGUGUGUCCAAGGAGUCACAAGUUCGAACCGCUAAGAUUCUCAAAGUUCUUGAAGAGACAUGUAAGAGCGAAACCGAUAAUUUUUUCGAGUAUGGCCAUGAGAUGAUGAAGAAUCGUUGGGAGAAGCUUCGUGGAGUGGUGAAGGAAAGCAAUGUCUUCACGCUUCCAAAAUACCCUGAAGCCUAUUGCAACUUUUUUGGCAAAACUCUAGGAUCUUAUCCAGCGUUUGCGUGGUUGGGGACGAAAGAAGAGACUGAUCUGGUUAACGAUUUGAGGAGACAUAGGGUUAUGACCAGAUCAGGAGAACGUUGUGGUUCGGACAAGAAGCAUGUCAGAGUCAGUAUGCUCAGCCGUGAAGAUGUUUUCAAUGUGUUUCUCGAGAGACUCGGCAACAUGAAGCUCAUUAAAAACAUUGACCUUUAG